AUGGAUAUGCCAUUUCUGAAACUGCUAUUCUAUCAUCUCCUUCUCACCUCCUUCAAUCUCGCUUCUUCUGAAGUAGACAUCCCGGCUUACUAUGAUCACAACUGCACCAUUAAUAAAAACUUCACUUCCAAUAGCCCCUACCAGUUCAACCUCAACACUCUUUUGGCUUCCUUGUACACCACGGCCACUGGCGCUGGCUCUAAAGCGAAUCCUGAAUUCUUCAACACCACUGUUGGCAGCCCAAACACGAACGAAACUGUAUAUGGAGAGUACAUGUGCCGAGGAGACGUCCCAAGUCAGGUCUGUCGAGACUGCGUCCAGGACGCCGCAAGCAGAAUAGUCUCAGAGUGUCCCCACAAUAAAGAGGCAAUCAUCUGGUACGACCAGUGCUUCCUCCGCUAUUCCCAUCGUUCUUUCUUCUCCACCCUCUACCAACAGCCUACAGUUAACGGGAUGGAAUCUGAAAACAGAAGCCGGAUGGGAUCUGAAAACAGAAGCUGGAUGCAAUCUGAAAGCCAAGGCGGGACGCAUGGCAUGGUGGGAAACGGACACGGUCCUGGAAACUCAGACGAUGCAAACUCAUAUGAAGAAUUCAACACGAUGUUGAAUGAAACAGCGGUGGAGGCAGCUACAUCAUCAGGUACCAAGAAAUUUUCAACCAAAGAAGCAAACCUCAGUAGUUGGGGAUCCGUGUAUACUCUUGUCCAGUGCACACCGGAUCUGCCUUCACAACUCUGUAGUGAGUGUCUCCAUGGCAUGAUCGAACUUAUUCCAACCCCGCACAGUGGAAUGCGGGGAAGAAUUCUGAAUCCGAGCUGCAAUUUGAGACUCGACACAGAGCGAUUUUAUUAUAAGGGCAACCAGCCUCCCUCUGAUGUUUCUUCCACUCAAGCGCUUGGGAGUCCUACUCUUACAGAUUGGGACUGCUCACCCACCGACACCUGGAGUGCUAAAGAUCCCUACCCAAACAACCUCAAAAGUCUCACCCGCCAACUCUUCAAGUUGUCCAACAACACCAAAAACAAUGGAUUCUACAAAAUUAGCAUCGGAAACAAGUCCGACACCGUCUACGGCCUCUUCAUGUGUCGAGGUGAUGUGCCCCUUAAGCUCUGCAAUGAAUGCAUCGUGGAAGGAAUCGUGAAACUAAACGACACAUGUCCCUCUUCUAAGGAGGCUAUCAUUUGGUAUGAUAAGUGCAUGCUUCGCUAUUCCAAUCGCUCUUUCUUCUCUACCCUAGACACACAACCUAUAUAUGCAGUAACUGGUGGGUAUACGCUUGGAACCCAAACAGAGGGCUUCAAUCGGCUAUUAGCGAAUACACUAAACAGUUUAGUGGCGGCGACGUUGAACUCAUCACCGCAUGCAGGAGUGAAAAAUUUUGCAACAAAAACAGAAUUCAGCUCUUCAGAAUUGACAACGUUGUACACUCUUGCACAAUGUACUCCGAUCCUGUCCAGCCAAGAUUGUGAAAAAUGUCUAGGGGUUGCUCUGCAAAAUAUCACGUCAUGUUGUCUCGAAAGGAAAGGAGGACAAGUCAUGAAUCCUAGCUGCAACUUGAGGUUUGAAUCGUACCGAUUUUAUAAUGACAGUAAGAGUGAUGCUUCGGUUCCACCUGCGUAUCCCCCAAAUACUAGUGUUGGAAGCGAAGGAGCCACAUUAGAGUCAUUGCAGUUCAAUUUGGCAACAAUUGAAGCUGCAACAGAUAAGUUCUCGAUUGAAAAUAGAAUAGGCAAAGGUGGAUUUGGAGAAGUCUACAUGGGCAUUCUUCCUGACGGUAGCAAAAUAGCAGUAAAGAGAUUGUCAGAAAAUUCUAGUCAGGGAUUAUUAGAAUUCAAGAAUGAGGUUCUACUAAUUGCCAGACUUCAACAUAGAAACCUGGUGGCAUUAUUAGGAUUUUGCUUAAAAGAUCAAGAGAAAAUACUUAUUUAUGAAUAUGUUCCCAACAAGAGCCUUGAUUACUUUUUAUUUGGUUCACAGAAGUCAAGAGUGUUAAAUUGGUUGGAGCGUUAUAAAAUUAUAGAAGGAAUUGCUCGAGGAAUUCUUUAUCUCCAUGAACAUUCACGUCUAAAAGUAAUACAUCGAGAUCUCAAACCUAGCAAUAUUUUGCUAGAUGAUGAAAUGAAUCCAAAAAUUUCUGACUUUGGCAUGGCAAGAAUGGUUGGUAUUAAUGAAACUAGAGGAAACACAAAUAGAAUUGUUGGAACAUUGGGCUACAUGUCUCCAGAAUACAUUAAGUUUGGACUAUUUUCUGAGAAAUCAGAUGUUUACAGUUUUGGAGUCAUUGUUUUAGAAAUUGUAAGUGGAAAGAAUAUACACUCUCAAUGUGAAUCUCAUGAAUCUCAAUAUACUGGCGGACUCUUAAGUGAUGCUUGGAAGCAUUGGAGGGAUGAAAGAUUGACAGCUAUAUUGGAUUCGAAUCUGACAGAAGCUGGGUCACAUGGUGAAAUAAUCAAAUGCAUCCAUAUCGGCUUGUUGUGUGUCCAGGGAAAUCCGGGAGCAAGGCCUUCCAUGAAUAAAGUUGUUCAAUAUCUGAAUAAUGAUUCAAUGCAAUUGCCAAUUCCUCAAGAACCAGCAUUCUUCAUCCACAGUCAAAUGGAACCAGCAGCAACCAGUAGAGAAAUGGAGGCUCGACUUGGCAACCACAAUCAAUAUUCCAUCAACGAAAUGUCAGAGAGUAUAAUAUCUCCUCGCUAGAUAUAUUAUAGGAGGCUUCAACUUUUGUUUUUAUUUUCUCAUUGCAUACGCAUGGUCUUAUUUUUAAAAUAUGUGUGCAAUAACAAUUCGGUUUUUGUCUUUAUUGGCCCCUUUCCUAUUCGUCUGCCAUCCAUUAUAAGAGGCUCUAUCUUUGUAUUUAUGCAAUACUUCAUUGUUGUAG